GUAGUCCGAACCUCAUAGAUAUUACAGUCAUGUUCUGUCGUUCGUGAAAUCAUGAUCGGCUCCUUUACUUCACCAUACUGAUUUACUGACGUAAUCAUCACUUGAGAAGGACCACAAACAAUGGUCGAAAUGACAAUACAAUUUCUACGCUAAAAAUACCAUCGUCGUUACAAAGAACAAUAUACUAGCGCCACGACGCAACCAUGAACGUUCACAAUAAACCAAAUGUUUAUACGAUAAACAAUAUUGCACCCCCUUCAUACACGGAGGCAACAGGAGUACCUACAUCAAGAACGUACAAUCCAGAGAUCGACAACAACUAUCCACAUGUAUCAGUCUAUCCAUCUUCGCCAUCGGCGCCGCUACCGUAUCCGCACCCGUCUAAUUAUUAUCUGAAUAAUACGCCUGCUCAAUCGGUUUACCCGGAAUUUGGACCGACGGAACAACAGUCAACCGGCGUACUCAUAAUAGGAACUAGAGAAGAGAACACAUGCGGCACAGCUUUUCGGAUCGUAUGGAUAAUAUGUGUACUAGCAGUUAUAGCGGGUGUUCUUACGACAAUAUUUAAAGCUGCAGGAUAUUAAGUAAGGGAAGCGUAAAUUGUAUUAUACUAUAAUAUUACAAAAAUAUAUUAAGUUAUUACGACUUAGUGAAGUUUUUGAUGCAGAGUUGUGCACCAAAAGCGAGCUGAAGAUCAAACUUCAAAUCCGUCUAGAAACUGUUAGUUUUUAGUCGAUCGACCUCUCGGAAGGAACUGGUAUCUUACUCUCUCUACACGGAGAGAAUUUUCUUCUACAUUUUAUCGUGACAAUCACGUGAAAACUUCACAUAACUGGUGAAACUUCACAAAAUUCUCAUAAAGUCUUUCAAAAUGCCACCUUGUCCCACGAUUACAUGUUUUUCAAGAUAAAUUUUAAAAGAAAAUUCUCACCGUGUAUAUACAUAUUGUAUAAAGAAGAAAGUCCAACAUUGAAAAAUCGAGCAGAAAGUCUGCCCCUUGUGAACAAACUUUCGCCGACAGGCAAUUUUUGUACUCGCACACAACGGCACAACGUCAAGCGUGGCGUUUUCUUCCAGUAAAAUCGUGCCGAUAGGACACUUUUGGAAGUGGUUACGUCCAGGAAUGGACAGACAAUAGAAUAUUCUAUCUAUUGGCUGAGAAAGAAAAGGAACCAACUUUGUAAUGUUGUGUACCACUAAAAACAAUUUUGUAACUUGUGCUGUUGAGGAAAAAAUUAUGUUGGAAAUAUCUAUAGCGAAAAA